AUGCGGGUAGCAAUAGCCAAGAACCUGUUUAGAAGUUUCAUGGUAGGGAAGCAAAGUGAGCCUGUAAAUAUUCUGCAAUAUGCAGAUGAUACAGUGUUUGUGGGGCAUGCUUCAUGGGACAAUGUCAUUGUUUUGAAGCCUAUGCUGAGGGGUUUGGAAUUGCCAUCUGGAUUGAAGAUUAAUAUUGCAAAAAGCCAAUUUGGGAUUUUUGGACUUGGGGCUAAUUGGAUUCAUGAAGCAGCACAAUUUCUGAACUGUAGACAUACGGAGACGGAGACUCCUUUCCAUUAUCUGGGCAUUCCCAUUGGGGCAAAGUCUACCAGCAGCUUGGUGUGGGAACCUCUGAUCAGCCAAUAUGAAGCUAAGCUAUCUAAAUGGAAUCAGAAAAUUUUAUCUAUGGCUGGGAAGGUUACUCUGAUUAAUUCUGUCUUGACUGCCCUACCCAUAUAUAUUUUAUCUUUUUUCAAGCUCCCACGAAGAAUAGCUCUCAAACUUGUAUCCUUGCAAAGGAACUUUCUAUGGGGGGAAGGGGUGAUCAAGGGCAUAAGAAAAUCCCUUGGGUGA